AUGGCAUUUUCACAACGGGAUCCAGAGUCGUCCAGUCCAUCUCCAUCUUCAGGUUAUCGCUCACCUGAUUCACCACAGAGUUCUUCAUCACUCCCUUCCUCUCCCACUCCAGUUUCACCAUCAAAAUCUCCCACAGGAAGUCAUCCAAAAAACGUCAAGAUUCGUUUACGAGAAAAUAAUUCAUACGAAGUAGUUUCAACGAAUUCAUUAACUGAAGAAGAUCAAUUUGAAAAUGAUAAAGCAGAGACAGAAGAGCUUCUUGAUCAUGGUAUUGAUGAAGACAAUGACAGAGGGGGUGAUGAGGCAUCUCUUGAAAAAUUUCAGAAACGUCAAAAGAUGAUGGAGGAACAAAACAGGAGAAGAAGAGAAAUUCUGUCAAAGGCCAUCGCUGACAGGAGUCGCCGCACUCAGUCAGAAGCACAAAAAUUGAAGCAGAUACAGUCUGAAUUAGCCAAGUUGGACACCCUUCUUUCUACUGAUGUUUCUAUUCUAAGAGACCAAAUAGAGGUUGCCAGUUUAGAAUUUAAUGAGGCCCAGAAGCGUUAUGACAAAGCAGAGAAGGAAUUUAUUGAUGCCAAAUUGCAGUUGUUUAAUAAGCUAGAGAAAAAAGAAUUACUUACAGAACAUUUGUGCCGGAUCAUUGAAGCCAAUGAAUUAAGGAAAGCAAAUAAAUUGUCUGAGCUAAUGGCAAAACUUGAAAUGGUAGAUGGUGUAAAUGAAAUGACUGAGGAUGCCACAGAAGAGGUCUUACCUCAGUUAGCCAGCCUAGAUGAAGUAACCUAUGCAGCAUGCACAACUCUUAAGGAUCCAAAGAAGAAUGCUGCAAUCAGUGCUAACUUAGCCAUUUCUAGCUGUGAUAAUAAUCAGGAAAGUACAAAAGAGAAGCCUAAGGAGAAUGUUCCUGAAAAACAGGAUAGGUAUACAAACGACUCAGCUACUAAUGGAAAAAGUCAGGACAAUCAAGAGAACGGAAGGUUGGAGAACAAAGAAAGUGUUGAAAAUCCCAGUGCAAAUUCUCUAAGUGCAGUAUUAAAGACUAAUGGAAAAAGCAGUGGUGAAGGUAAGGUGAUGGAAAAUACAGAAAACUGCAGUGGUGAAAUAUGCAAGAAUGACCCAAAGGUAAGUUGAGAUAAUGGCUAAGGGGCUAAGGAUACAUACUUGCUUUUAGUUCAGUAGCUCUAGUUUAAAAAUAAAGUUCCCUAAAAAGAAUUUGAUAUUAUAUGCUGCUUUUUUUAGACUUAUGAUGUAUGCAUGUUUGUAUGUUGAUAUAUGAGGCAGUACCUGAUUUUCUUUCAAAUAUGCUAUAAAAUUUUUAUUUCAAAGGCUUUACCAUUCAUCCACAUUUAAUAUUGAAAAUUUCUUAUCAGUUUCUUUUGAAAUCACUCCACUUUUUGAGGUAAAGUUUAAAAAAUUACAGUAUUUGAAUUGAAUAGUUGUCUGUGGUAGUACUGGGCUUCCAAAUAACGAUAGAUAUUGCUGAUGUGUGAUAUUGAAUGUUAGGUUUUCAAAGAUAUACUAUAUACGUAUAGUUGUAACUAAAGAUAUUUAGUUGUGUUUAGAACAGUUAAAUGUGAAGGUUAUUUAUAUACUGUGUCAAUGUAUGUACAAGUUCUUGUCCAUUAACCAGAUGUUGUCCCGGUGUAUAUUAUAUAAUUUCAUUCUCCUGAUUUUAUGCUCUCUCAAAGCAUGAUUCUCCUUGUCCAGAAAUGAAAUAGGUUGUUAAACGUUUGUUUGAAUUUUAGGAUUACUUUCACCUAAUUUGGUUGUUAUGUAUAUCAUAAUGUUUCAAAAUACUAAUCAAGACAAAGGUGAAUUCAAAUUCAAUCUUUGUAGUGUUGUAUUUAUAUGUUUAAAGAGCAUCAGCUAUGAACAAUAACGGACAUGUUUUUCACAGGUAUGUCUUUUGCACCAGCCUAUCUUUUAGUUCUGUAUUAAAGAAACCUAUACUUAAAUUUUCUCAUCUGCAACCAAAAUUUUCAUGUACUAGUAUUUUCAAAGGGCUUGUUUCCUUGACUAAUAUAUAGCAGUUAACAUAGCUAGGAAUUAUGAACAUGCAGUAUUUUCCCAAAAUGAACAAAACACUCAAAAGAAUGACUGUGUUUGAAGUUUGUAAAUCUGUACUACUGUAUUGAGGGUUGAAUGUCCUAGUAGUGCCCUCACAAGUGGUUAAUUCCUGCUUUGUGACUUGUAAUGUACACUUCAUGCAGUACCAAAGCCUCUUUGCCGCAUCCCUUACAAUCCAGCUGCUUGGCUGUCUUUUCCUUUUCUACUCACUUGGAGUUCUCUGACUUCGCCCUUGUCAUGCAAAAAUUUUUGCCUUUCUAAAUGAAGUCUUUGAACUUGAUUUAUGAGAAAGAAUUUAGGUAUCAGAUUCAUUGGUGUAGGCAACUUAGUUUAUAAUAUUAAUUCAUCAGGAUUUUCUGUCUGUACACAUAACUUUAAGGAACAUACCCCUCGCGUAUAUUGGGAGUCCACUUUUUCUUAUUUUUUAAGGGUCUUUAUUUUUUAAGUAGUGCACUGUAUUCUCUUUUCUAUUAUGAUGGGCUUCUGUAGAAUGAAAAUCUCUGAAAUUCCAGUGUCCAAUAGCUAAGAUCUAGUAAUUUUAUGAAAGUUCUUAUUUUUGUGUUUAAAUCUUAAAUCCCUUUUCUUCUCAGACUGUAAGACUUGGAAGAUAAAAUAAUGUUCCUAACUUAAUAUUUACAGUACAUAUUGGUCUUUUUUUGCUUUCUAGGCUAAAGUAAAAAGUUAAUGCAUGUUUUGUAUGUAUGACAACUUGGCACAACAACAGUAAUUAACACUAAAGGGAGAGUAGUCUUGGCAAAUUUUAAUACCAGCCACAAUUCAAGGCCUGUUGGCAGAUUUAUGCAAAUGAUCUUUACAGAAAUCCAAAAAACCCAAGAAAAUGACAAAUUUUCUAAGACAAUUUGUAUUUUUCAUAGCUACAAACCUGAGGUCUUAACAAUAGGAUCAUUUCUAGCGCCUAGCUAGAUCCGGUUAAAAUGCAGAUGAAAGCAAGGAAUCUUGUGAUAUCUGGCAAUGUGUGCGUAUAUCGGGUGAAGAGUGGUCAUCAAAUACCACACCCCGACGCCACCGCGUCAGUCUUUCCCAACCGGGAUGUCUUAACAAACAGAGGGGUAGCUAGAGGUGGGCAGUAUAAUGUUAAGAUCUCAGGUUUGUAGCUAUGAAAAAUACAAAUUGUCUUAGAAAAUUUGUCAUUUAUUCAUACGUGAACAAACCUUCAGUCUUAACAAUAGGAUAGACUCAUACUUGGAGGGAGGUACAAGACAUCCUAAACCGGCUGGUGGACUACCACCAGUCCAGCUCCUGAAGAAAUGACUUCUGGAGAGGGACUGAAGCCCGUUGAGAAGCUAGAUAAAUUGAUAUCUAACCACUCAGAACCUAAGUGACGUACAAUGAUAUAUGGGAGAACCAUUGUAAUGGGAACCAAAGAGAAACUUUGACUGUUCAAUAGCAAACCAAUACAUCAGGUUUUGUUACCACUCCCAACUCCUCCUUGACAAGGAGUGGAGCAUAUGCUACCAAAUAGAGGGUUUGAUAUCUGUAUAUUAAGCGACCACACAAUCAGUAUGACUACCUUAUUCACCUGUAUCAGACCAGUCCAGCGAAUGACGUGUCUAUUCCUUAACCCGCCCAAAGGAAGACGGAAAGGUACAAGAGAAAGAAGGAGACCAGCCAACUCACUCUUUCUCUCAUCCACACAAUCAUCUUAGGUAAGAUACAAAAGUGCCCUGUUAAGGACAACUAUGAGUUACACAACCUGUUGGGCAGCAACCACAGGACCCAGGGAAAACGUGUUCGUAGAUCUGUGGGCAACAUCCUUAAGAUAGAAAGAGGUGAACGUGGACUGGCGUAACCAAGUACCAGGGCUCAGCACUCUAUGCACAGCCAAGUUAUUUUUGAAAGCCAGAGAGGGACCAAUACCCCUAACGUCAUGCGCUCUAGCCUGCACAGAUGUGGUGGCGGAAUCAUCAAGAGCCAAGUAUGAAUGUCUAAUGGCUUACUGUAUCCAAAAAGAGAUAGUAUUCUUAGACACCUCUUUCUUAGUAUGUCCUGUGCUAACAAAGUCUGUGGCAGCCUGGUCUAAGGUGCCGAGUCCUUUUAAGAUAGCAACGCAGGGCCCGGACAGGGCACAACAAAAGCUCUUGAGCAUCACCACCCACAAAAUCAUUCAAUGAUAGAAUGGAAAAUGAAGUGAACCUGUCAUCAUGCACAGGGAUUUUGAGUCUUGGCCACAAAUUCCGGGAAAAAUUCAAAGGACACUGACCCCCAACCCCUGGUGUGCUUCACAUCAUAGCUCAGACCGUGGAGCUCUCCUACCCUCUUUAAAGAUACCAAGGCCAGAAGCAAAACUGUCUUGAGCGUCGAGUUCCUGUCAGAUGAGCCGCAAAGGCUCAUAUGGACCCUUAGUGAAGCUCUUGAGAACCAAGGAAACAUCCCACGUCAGAAGCUUGAGCUCCCUAGGAGAACUUGAUUGCUCAAACCCCUUAACUAGCAAGGAAAGUUCCCAGGACGAGGAGAUGUCGAUACCUUUAUGGCGUAACACCAAACUCAGGGCCGCCUUGUAGCCUCUAAUGGCAGAAAUGGACAAACGUUUCUUGUCUCUGAGUAAGGUUAAAAAGUCUGCUAUUCACUGGAUAGAGGUUGCGAGUGGAGAAAAACCCCGUUUAGGACACCAAUCACAGUAGAUCGCCCAUUUGCCUUGAUAAACCAUGGAGGUCGACUCUCUGAGACUGCUGGACAUAUGCCCUGCUGUUCUCUUGAGAAAAGUCUCUCGCUCGGAGGAGACACUUGAUAGCCUUCAACUGUGAAGAGACAGGGAUUCUACUGACUGGUGGAACCUUUCCGCAUGCGGCUGACACAGGAGAUGCCGCCAAGGGGGAAUUUCCCUCGGAACUUCUGACAACAAAGGCAGCAGAUCUGGAAACCAUUCCACCUGAGGCCACAGAGGAGCUACCAAAGUCAUCCUGAGACCCUGUGAACUCAUCAGCCUGUUCAGAACUUGAUGGAUCAAACAAAACGGAGGGAAGGCAUAAACCUCCAGGUUGUCACCGAGAUGUUGGAAUGUGUCCUAUGCUAACGCUAAAGGAUCUGGAACCACUGAACAAAAUAUCUCCAGCUUCCUGUUGAACCGAGUCACAAAAAGGUCCAACAUUAGUCUCCCCCAAACCUGGAAGAGUUUGUCUGCUACCACUUGAUGAAGGGACUACUCUGUGCCUAGGAUCUGAUCCCGACGACUGAGUUUGUCAGCGACCACAUUCCGUUUGCCUGGGAUAUACCUGGCUGAGUGCUCUACCGAAUUGCUGACCACCCACUAAAGAACCUUGAUGGUCAAGACGUGAAGUUGACGAGAAACCAGGCCUCCCUGCUUGUUCACAUAGGCGACUACCGUGGUGUUGUCCGACACAAGGAUGACAGAAUGACCCUCUACCUUCUCCCGAAACUCCUUCAGACCCCGAAAGGCUGUCUUCAACUCCAAGACAUUGAUAUGUUGCUGUUUGUCCUCCAAACUCCAAACGCCUGAUGCAAUGAGGCCGCCUAAAUGAGCCCCCCAACCUGCAAGGGAGGCGUCUGAGAACAGAAAGAAGUCCGGUGGAAGAGAAUGCAGAGGCACACCCUUUGAAAGAUUUCGGUCAUCCAACCAAAUGAAGCUUGUCUCACUUCCAGAGACAGAGGAACCGUUAACAGGGGUGAGUCUCCUGCCGGAGACCAGAAUUCCCCCAGUCUCCAUUGCAGAGACCAAAGAUGAAGUCACCCAUGAAGGACCAGUUUCUCCAGGGAAGAUAAAACUCCUAGAAGAACCUGCCACUGAUGAGCUGACUGAUGUGGUUCCGACAGGAAGUCGCGCGCCACCACUUGCAACUUCUCCAAUCUCUGAUCCGACGGCAAAACUCUUGCAACUGUCGUAUCGAUGACCGUGCCCAGGUAGAGAAUCCUUUGACUGGGUACAAGGUUUGACUUUUCCUGGUUGACUAAGAUGCCCAGUUCCAGACAGAACCGAAGUAGACGAUCCCUGUUCUGCAGCAGCUUUUCCCAGGAAACUGCCAAGACCAACAAAUCGUCAAGGUACCUCAGCAAACGGAUCCCCUGAGCAUGGGCCCAACUUGACACGAGAAAGAAGACCCUUGUGAACACUUGAGGGGCUUUUGUCAGCCCGAAGCAUAAGACUUUGAACUCAAGAGAGAGAAGCCAAGGAACUUCCUGGACGUCGGAUGAUUAGGGAUCUGGAAGUAUGCGUCCCUUAAGUCUAUUGACAGCAUGAAGUCACCUUCCCUCACAGCUGCCAACACUGAACACGGGGUCUCCAGCUUGAACCGUGUCUUCCUGUUGAAGUGAUUCAAGGUGGAUAAGUCAAUCACAGGUCUCCAACCUCCCGAUGCUUUGGGCACCAAGAAUGAUGUGACUGUAAAACCCUGGAGAUGGACACACCACUUCCUCUAUCGCAUCCUUGUCCAGCAUCUUCUGCACUUCCUCCCGAAGAGCCAAGAACUUCAGAGAAUCUGGAGGAUAUGCCUUCCUGAGCUGCGGCUUGUCCGACAGAGGAGGAGAGAAGUCGAAUGGCAGUAGGUACCCCACCUGAAGGACAUCUACCACCCACUUCUCAGCUCCAUAACUCUGCCACUUGGCCCAAUGGCCUGCCAGGCACCCCCCCCCCCCCCCCAUGGCGCAGUAGCGGGAGAAGCGCCUAACCUACCGACGGCCCCCUUUACCUCUGCCCCUUGGGCCUCUUCUUGGCUUAAAGGAACAAGAGCGAAAGGGAUGUUGGUCCUCUGAUCUAGGCUGAGACGAACUCCUCGACGGCCUACCAGGCGACGAUCUUCUUGACUGCUGCUGGACAGGGGGAGGAGGAGGAGCCGGACGUCUCCGAGGAGGGUUCAACAAUUUGGAAAGUAGGACUCAAGCUCGGUCGUCUGAAACAGAGGCGUUAACCUUAUGCAAGACUGACUGGACGUGCCCCAACAAGGGAAGCUGAAAAGAUGAUUUGGGAUCCUGUGUAGCUCCCAGCAAGGCUUCAAAGCAGGAAGGAGUGUAAGACGACCGAGCUUGAGUCCUGCUUUCCAAAUUGUUGAACCCACGAAUGAGAUCGACAACUUCUGAAAAGGAAGACAAAAACUCUUGCGUGUCUCCCUCUUCCUACUCCUGCAACGGAGACCGACGACAAGAAGGGUGUGUAGGCUCCUCUAAGGCACCUUCCUCAUUAAAAUUAAUGGAAGGAUCAGCAGCCAAACAGCCCUGAAACACCAACUAACCUGUCUGGGCUGGGUCCACGUGCCGACUCCCGUGACGAACCAACUACAAUACUAGGAACAUCGCUAUGCACUCUUCCAACAGAUGAUUCUUUAACAUGUCCACGAAUGGUCAUGGGCAUGGCAGACGUACGAACGUGAGUUGAAGAGGAAUCCCAAACACUCGAGAUCGAAGGAGAAUCCCCCAGAGUCGAACUCCUGGAAGCACCAGGGAGAGGGGCAGGCAAACACUCCUGCUGCACCAACUCCACGCUCACAACCUUCGACCUCUUGACAGGCGCCUUGAGAUCCUUAUGCUGACGAAUAGUCCCUGGAGAAGAAGUGGGAGGGCUCGCAUCAUGUGCACGGACAGGGGAGGUUGCAACAUGCUCACGAUUCGAUGCAGAAGACGAAGCAGCCACUGCAGAUUGCACAAGGGAAGAUACACAAACACUCUCCGAAACACCAACACUCUCGAGAACACGGCCGCAUUGUUCCUCCCUCGUAGGCUAAGAAAGAGCAAAGUCCAUAGCCUUCUUGAUACGCCGACGUGGCAUAGAGGGGGAAGAAGGAGAGGAAGACAGCACUUGUUCCUUACGCGAUCUCUUCGCAGGAGGCGGGGACGAUGCAAAAUGUUUCCUUCCAGUCCUCCCAGCCGACAUAGCAGCCAACUCAUCAUCCAAAACAGUCCAACCUCUUAGGAACCGCCUGGCAUAAAGCCUCAGAUGGAUCAGCAAGAGAAGGCUCCGAUGACAUGGAAGGGAGAGGCAGUGCAGAGGAGACGUCUGGGAGUGAUGUCAACGAUGGAAGUGACGUCACAAGUGGUGAUGACGUCACGGCUUCCCCUUGGUCCGAAAGGGAAGCAGAUGCCACUGGCGGAGGAAUACAAAAUGACUGACCCCGUGACAUCAUUAACGGGGUUGACACCACAGCUUCCCUCUGACUCGAAGAAGCGGCAACAGUCACUGGUGGAGCAAUACAAGUUGGCUGACCUCGGCUACCCACGAAGACGAGGCCAGGAAGGGGGAAGGGCCUGGCCAGCAAGAGGAGAGGGUUAGCGAGCAUCUUGGACACCUCCGACUCUGGAGUAAAUGAGAAUGAUGAAAAAGCCUCCCCCUUCCCGGGAAUCAAAUUAACACCCAAAGAAGAUAGGGCGACAUUAAAAAAAUUAGCCUGAGGACCUCCCGAUACUUCCGAUGACGAAUCGAUGGAAAAAAAGGAACGAGACAAAGGCACAACACUACUAUGGGGUGCGAGCACCGCUGGAGACGAAGCAUAGGGAAGAGAAGUAAAAACUUCCCAUGAAGGAAGACUAGAAAUCCUCCGAUGCUCUCUCUUGCUAUAAAACUACUUCCACUGCUCUUUAGGCCAUGCACGGCAUUCCGUGCAAGGAUUUGUUAUUAUACAAACAUCAGAGCGGCACCUACUACACGUGAUGUGGGGGAUCGCACCCGAAGCCUAAAAACGAGAACACAGAAAACCUGGAAUUCCGGGGCACACACGUUGACGAGGCCAAGAAGGAGCAGAAGAAGCCAUAAUAUCAGCCAAACACACUCGCACACAUACACACACUAAACAAGCAAAAUGGGCAAUGAACUGGGUAAAGGCUGAGAGAGGUGAACCACAACUCUCGCCCAGGCGGUUAAGAAAAAGACUGAUGCGUUGGCGUAGGUGCGAGGUCUUUGACCACUCUUCACCCGACAUACGCAUGCGUUGCCAGAUAUCACAAGAUUCCUUGCUUUCAUCUGUGUUUCAACUGGAUCUAGCUAGGCGCUAGAAAUUAUCCUAUUGUUAAGACUGAAGGUUUGUUCGCCUAUGAACAACUAUGGCUGUGAAUCAAGUGAAGAUUAUUUAGAUUUAUCCAGCUCAUGCUAGUACAGGACUAACCCAAAUACGACUUGUAAUUAGGGUGAAAUACAUAAGGGUAUAAGAAGCUAGUAUGGACCUCUGAACUUUGGACAGCCAAACACAGCUAGAAAAUGGAUUAUAUCAAAUGAAAGUAAGAGUAAUGUUUGUAAUGCUGGGGAUAUGCCUAUGAAAACCUAGAUAUGAACACUUGUUGCAGGGAAGAAGAAAAAUGUACUUGUAAGCAUACAUAUAAGCAAAGAUAAAAAAAACUUUCUUUAAUUGUGUAUGUUAAUGUAAUACUCUUGCAUUUAGACUUAUUGUAUACAAGCAGUAUUUAUGGGUCAUUACUGUAUUGGAUGCUAAGUGUAUCUACAAAAGAGAAGAGUUACAUAUCUAUAUUUUAAAAACUUUUGUGAACAUACGUGACUGUUUAGGAAAAUAAAAGCAGAGAGAGACCCUUUAUCUGCCAAAGAUCCUCACCUUACUCAAGUUCCUAAAUUCAUACCACAGGAAGGUCAAAAUAACAGAACCAGAUAAAAACCCUCUUUCUGACAAAAGCUCAUCCUCCUCAUGAAACUUCUUAUUAAUUUGUUUAGCAUAAACAAAACAGUACCCUUAAAUAACCAAAAAAGAAAAGUACACCAAAGAUACUUAACAUCAUGACAUCAAGGCAGUUAAAAUACGUAUAGGAAGAUUGCAUCUGAAAAAGUCUAGGAAGGGCAGGGAACUAUUAAUAUUGUGUAUGCAUUCCAUGGAUAGUUAGUGCUUUGAGGAAAUAAAAUAAGUGGGGUCGAAGACAAGAUGAACUAGUCUGUCUUCUCUUUCAGGAUGUACGUAUUUGAAGCAUGGAGUUGUAAUUGAAUGUAAAUAUGUAAUGCACAAAAUUAUAUCUUGCUUAUCUCUACAGGCUGCUCUAUGAGCAAGAACCCAUGCUGGCAUAAGGCCAGCUUAAUCUCAACCAAGCAACCUGCUUUUCUCUAGUAGAUUUGUUUCAAAGAACAUUUAUUUUUGCCAAGCAAAAUAUUUUUUUUUAGUUUGGUUUGAUAGCCUGUUUGUUAGUUGGAUUAUGUAACAUGAUAGUAUAUGGAUUUUUAAAAAAAAUUUCCCAAAAGCUGAGCUUUUGGUUAGACAAAACGUACAUGAUUACAUUCUAUGAGAGAAAGGAGUACUAUUGCUUAGGGAGAAUGGGUUUUUAGAGGCUGUAUCGAUAAGCCUUGUUUCAAAUAUUCUAGCCUUAAAAUCUGAGAACUGUGCACAAUUUUCAUAGAUUUUGGUAAAGAAACUAUAUCAUCACCUCUAUACAGAAAUUGCGAUUGGAGGACAUUUCUCUUAAUCUGGUAUCAAAGAGGAACUAUCUGAAUCUUAGUUUCAAUAUUCGGAAUUAUCAGUCUUCUAUAGCAGUGGUUCCCAAAUUAGUGGUUGGGACCCCAAGUUGGGUCGGAAUGCUCAUUAUGUGGGGUCAUAAACAGGCCAUGGGGUCGGUAGGGUAUCGCCAUGGAAUGGGUGUCACCCAUAAAUUAUCACUAGUGCUGACAGUUAUGAAGUGUUAAAAUAGUAUCACCAUUUUGUACUAAUAAACUGAGAAUUUUAUUUAUGAUUAGCUACCUUUUUAGUACGUAAAAUUUAAAUGUUUCUGUUUCUUUUUUACUUAAAUAUCACAAUAUUACCAAAAUUCUCAGUAAAGCUGUAAAUGUGGAAAUAAACAUAACUCUUGGCAUAAUAGUAUUA